GCCGUUGAAUACAUGACUGCAAUACCAGUACCACGUGGGACAUUUCCAAUAUGGCGGACAAAAAGACCCAGAAUAUCAAGAGAAAAAGGAAAUUGAGGUCAAAAAAUCAAGACGAUUUUUCGUUAGAAGAUGUGCUUGCAUUAGGCGGAGAUAAGGUCCGUGACAUUUGCUCUCUUGAAGUCGCAAGAUGCAAUUCUAACAACUCCUGAAUUGAAAAUCCUUUAUCUGGUUGUACGUACCUGGAAUUUUGAGUUUAUAUUUCAUAUUUUUCUAUAUGUGUCAGGAUGACUUCGAAAUGAUAAAGGACUUGGAUGUAUCAGGUGAUUAUGUUGCUGGUGAGGAGAAUUCUGGAAUUAUAGAAACAAAAGAGGUAACUGAAGAAUGUUUAAGCUAAAUAUAUGAGGACUUAUUAUUUAUGUUUGAUAUCAAUUCAACUGUACAGACUGUGCACUGAAAUCGUUUAAAAAUUGUAAGUUUUGUUAAGCAUGGACCACCUGAUAGUAAAGUGUGUCCUGUUUGUCCCCUAGAUAGUGUCAUUCAUAAAGGAUCUUGGCUUGGACAAGCUUCACUUCAAAGAAGAAAAUGUCAGGUAAAUACAAAUUUGUGGAUGAAUUCCCUUUUGAGUACCUGGCCAUGGGAAGCCAGAGAAAAUCAAGGUCCAGUUCAAGCUAUCAAAACAGUGGCGGAUGCAGGGGAGGGACCCAGCCCCUGCCCCCCGCCCCCUUACUUUUAAGUCCACACUGAGGCUCGAAGGGCUGAAAAAAAUUUUUCUGAAGGUUCGGAUACACCACUGCAUUUCUUAGGGGUUCGUAACACGUUCGUGGGAGAGGAAUGAUUGCGUGACGAAUCCGUAAGAACAUCUGAGUGGGAGGCUACUGCAAAAGGCAGUUUGCUUCUUUUGCAAUAAGGUAGACUUACAUUGUAUUGUUUAUAAAUACAGUUUCUUGCUAGGAAUGUGACUUUAAUAGGGACCCCAGGGCCCUCUCUGAAGGCCCUGGUAAGGUAUAAUUUUAGACAAGCAACAUGGCCUUGAAACAGUGACAACAGUGAUUAUAGAACAGGAGAAAUGAUAACAAACAAGACAAAGAUGGUUUGCAACUGUUACAGCAACAGAAGUGCAAAUACAAUAGUAAAAUACAAACAGCGACGUGGCCUCCUCCUCAAUACGCGAAACAACAGGUUUUGAAAUUCAGACUGGGGACCUAUGUAACCCCCCUAAGAGGGCCUCUCUCUCCGCUGAAAAGUGAUUGGCCGGGUUAAAAGUUAGAAGGAGUGUAACUCUUAUUAGUAUUCACCAAAUCAGUGGAUAGCUAGCAAUUUUUGCACAUUCUGAUUGGCUCCCGUAACUUGGAAUAUCCUUGGAUAUUCACUGUUUUGGAAUGGGGUUCAAAAUGGCAUCUUGCCUUGUGACAGUUUCGAAAGAUGCAAUUUUAGUGGUAAAUGCAGCAGCUGUACCAACAAAUACCAAGGAAGAGGCCACAUUUGGCUUGCCAGUGUUUACAGGUUGAUAGAAAAAAAUUUUCUCACUGAAUUUGCAACAAAAUCAUAAAAAAUAAUCCCCGAAACACUGUCAAUUAUUGGUAAACAAACUCUUGCUAAAGGGCGUCUUUUAUUUACAAAAAGGUUCCUUUUUUUAUUUUUAUCCAACUGAUUUGGUAAAUAUUAUACUAAAACAACUAUCCCCCUCAGGGUCGGUUCAUAGCGCUAGAUAUAUACCUUGACACUUUGCGCCUUGAUAUAUAUCCACCACUAUCCAUCUCCCCUUCGGGGGAUAGUUGUAUACUGUUCCAUGAUAUAUUUAUAUAUAUUUGUCAUUAAUAAUAAAUAAAUGAAUAAACAAAUAAAUUAGUCAAGGCAAUGGGAGUCAUGUAGGGCCAUAUUUCCACCUUCCCCUUCGAUCAAUGAUUAAUAAUAAUUAUUAGUGUCUCUUUUCCUUUGACAGAGAGGGCAUUGGAGAAGAAAAAAAUAGCAAAUCAAGGAACCAGCCUGGCAAUACAGAAAUUCCUAAGAGUAAUCUUGACGAAAAAGAACCAAAGAGAAAGAAGGAAAAGAAAAAUAAAUCUAAAAGUGAUGCAAAUCAGAAACAAUCUGCAGAUUCUAAGAAAGUUUUAUCUGAUGUUGCCCAAGUACCUUCAUCUGACAAGAAGCUGGUCCUUCCUGAAAGGAGACAGGGUCCACAUGAGAAGUUACUUAUUACUCCUGGUGGGUUGUGGUAUGAUCUGGUAAGUAUUCAAGGGGAUUAUCUUAAUCAUGAAAGACGGGUUCCAGGAAAAACUUCCAAAUGACUUCUGAUCAACUCACUGCUAGGUUCAUCCAACUAUACAUUGUAUUUUUUGUGAAACACAAAGAAAGAAUUUUUACAUCUACAAGCCACUUUAUAAUUUUUAGGGCCUUGCUCCACAUGCAUCCUUUUAUUUAAUAUUGAUUUUAGGUUACCUGACAUGUAUUUUCUGUGCUAAAAUAGUUGGGCUGCCAUGUUCCAUGUAACAUGCCCCCCCCCCCCCUGUUCAUCCCUUUAAUGUCCAUGAGCUUUUACAUUGUUAAGACUUGAAGGUUCUUUUGACCAGACUUUUUUGAAAAUGGACAGAUUGAUGCUCACCUCAGAAAAUAAUGUGGAAUUUUCCUUGGGACCCCCUGAUCAUGAAUUAGAUAUUUACAGUGAAUGAACAACCUGCUUUCUUGUUGAAUUGAUAAACUUUUUGACAUCUGUUAGCUUUUUUCAGAUACUUUCAAGGCAAGCUUGGUGGGUCAAUGUUUAAAAAAAGCAGUCAAAAUCGAAGAUGUUUUGCAGGCAUAACCAUGCAACAUUAAGGAGUAAAUCAAAGGGAAUCUUUCAGAGGCACAUUUUGGCUUUCAAAACAAUCAUCUUAGGUUCUAAUUUUUAUGCCACAAAAAUUAUUGUGUGUGUAGAACCCCUAAAAAAAAUGUCCAAAACUUUGACAAGUGGCAGCAUAGUAGUAGAACCUUCCCUGUAAAUUAUUUAAGCAAUUGAUGAGUAUUUUUGCUGUAGAUUGUGGAAGAGAAAACCACCCAGCUGCCUCCAAGUCCUGCAGAUGUUACCCAGCUCUCUGCGGAAGCAGCAGAACUUCUGGCAAAUGAAGUUCGACUCUUUGAAAAAAGUUAGUGCAUAGCAGUGAAGCUGAAAACAAUCUUUAAACUUUUCCAUGUAUUUCCUCUAUGUACAAUGUGUAUUUGAAUUGAAACUUUUAAGUUCAAUUGAAUUGUUCAGCAACACAGUAAGCCAUGGUCAUCUCUUGUCUUGUAGUGAAAGCUAAAGAGAAAUCAUCAGAUUCACAAUGGUUAAGAUCAGUUGUCAGCUCAGGGACAUUGAAAGAUAAAGUUGCUGCUCUUACUAUCCAAGUGCAGGUGAGUUUUUUUUAAUAAUUGUGAUGUUAUAAUCCUUACUUCUGAAUUAUUGUUUUAUUUAUUAAUUUUUUUUACUAUAAAAUUUUCUCACUUCAGUUUUCUCAUGAUCUAGGUAGUCUGGAAUGACUACAUUUACUGUUGAUUGACUUAGCUUUUCCAAGUGUACCUUAUAUAUCUGUCUCUGAAUUUAUUUAUUUAUUUUUUGUUAUGCAUGUGUGAAUUUUGAUAGUAGUUCCAAGAUAGGAGCUGAAUGUUUCAACACUGAGUCCAGAACUUUAAUAGCUUGGAGUCUAACUGUCGUUUGCAAUGCAUAUGCUGUCAAUUUUGUUUUAUUUUCUAGGAAUCUGCUGUACAUCGUCUGAAAGUUUUGGAUAUGUUAAUUAAUAUGGCUAAGAAGAAAGGAAGGAGAGAGAGUAUUAUAGCCGUAGGUUAGUAGCAUGGGUGUAACAGAGAACUUUUAUUAGCAACUGAGACUGGGGUAGAGAGUGGCUAGAAAAAUACUUCAGGAACAAAAACAAUGCAUCUAGAUGUACAGCUGUCUAGAGAAUACAGACCUUGAUAACACAGACCACAGACCUCAGACCCAGGCUGUAUCCAAGCAAAUGAGAUGUAGUUUCAUGCAAUUUCCAGUUGUCAUAUGCAAUACACUAAGUUAGUUUUGAGGACAAUUUGAACACAAAUAUGAAAGCCUUCUCUCCUAGUUUAAAACCUGGAAUUUUUCUGUGUGUGUGGUCAUAGCUGUAGGAAUGGUGAGGACAGGUGGGCCUCCCUUGCCUUCCCCUCUUGCCUCCAACCCUUUUUUGGGAAAAUAUUCUUGAAAAAAGACUUUAUUUUUUAAGGACUCAGGCAACUGCGUAUGCCACUGGCACUUCAACCUUUGUGCCCUCUCACUUACAAGUUCUUUUCUAUGUGCCUGGGCCUGGUUGUUCAAAAGAUGGAUCACUAUCCACUAGAUUAAUCACUAUCCAGUGGAUAGGUAUGAGGAAAAUGAAUUGUGCUAUCCAGUGGAUAGAGAUUUAUUUAAAGGAUAGCGUUAUUCACCUUUUGAACAACUGGGAUCAGGUAAUUGUUUGACUUUAAAUUCCUUUCUCCUCAAGUCAGUUCCCUGCUCAAAGCAGUGAACAACAACAACAACAACAACAAAAACAGAGACAGAUUGAGAGAGAGGUGGUUCUUAUUGCUGUUGUAGACCUCCAAACAAAUGGAAUUGACUAUAAGCAAGGUUACUUUAAGUAAGAAGAGAGUGUUUUUUGUGUUCAUUUUUUUGCAUAUUCUCAGAUAUGUUGAAAGAACUUUGGAUGACACUGCUGUUGCCAGACAGUCGCAAGUUGAAAACGUUUGGUCAGGUUUGUGAGUUUAAUUUUGCCUAGCUACAGUUAUUUUCACGAUUAUAAAGGCUGCUAGUUCCCUGUUAGGUCUUUUCCCUUUGAAUAUGCCACUCUUUUUGUUGUGUUAAUUAUUGUGAUAAAUUGCGUGACUGAGCAUACGAAAUUUAUCGUGGAAAAAUCAAUCAGAAGGCUCUCUGUGGCCCCAAAUGGAAUUCCAUAUUGAGAAAAUCAGACAUUUUUCAGUUGAAUUCCUUCUGAAAAGUGAAAACCAAACCAAACCAAACUUGAUGGCCAUUCACAACACACACGUAAAUUCAAGUGCAUCAAUCAGGAUCCUUGAAGCAAGCACAGGUAGCUGGGGCAAUUCAGGGGUUUAACUUCUGAUUUGUUGAGAAAGUGGCGUGAGAAUUGUAGCCAAUGACAAGGAGUUACAAUGUAUUUUUUUAAUCACGUUUUUUAAUUAUAACUUUCUGUGCGCUUACUGAAGUCAAUCCACGUUAAUGUUGUCUAGCGUAUGGGUUAGGUUAAGUAUGUUUGCUAUCUGGUUUUUGGUUUCAGCAACCUUUAGCGUCUUUAGUCGAUAUUGUCAGCAAAGGAGGAGGCUGGGAUGAACGGGACAGGCGUCUUAUCCUCUGGCAUUUUGAAGAAUUACUCAAACAACGAUAUAAGGAGUACGUUGGAGUUGUCGAGGUAAGCCAUGCAAGGGAUUUUAAAUAUGGAAUGAAUAAUUAAUUCACUGUGCUUUCUAUGCGCUCUUUCACCUCGAGUAGAAUUUCACCUGCAGUUCAGGUGGUAAAGACAACUGACAGCAGGAAGAAAACAGAGCAGAAAAAGCCUCGCGAGGGCUGGUUAGAAGGCAGUGAUUUUGUUACCUCUGCGUCCUGUGUCCCUGACGCAUAAAAAUUUCCAAAGACGCAAAAUAAUUUGUGGCAUGCAUCCUGCAGGACGCUCACGCAAAGAUCGAGUGAUCGAUCUGAAGAUAUUUUUUUUAGAAUAUCCUGUUUGUAUGAUUUCUGUGGCUGUUACUGUGGCUGUUGUUAGACGACCCUUAUUUCUUUUAGUCUUGUUGUGCUUUACAAUGGAAGAAGUAUAUUUUUAUUUCAGUAAACUGUAAUACGGAGUUUUGAAGUCUGUCUUCAGAUUAACUGUGACUCAAUGGCUCUGGACUGGGACACAUAAGUUUUCACAAGAAGAGUCCCAAGACUCGCCGUAACAUUACAGUCUCCAUUUCGUACCGCUCCCCAUUAUCUGAACACUAAAAACAGGCUACGUUUAGGGAGCAGGGCGACGGCAACGAGAAUUGAAAAAUAAAAGAAGUAAAUAAAUAAAUAGAUAACAAGCCUAAUGAGUGGCAAAAAACAAUAACCACAACAACAACAACAACAAAAACAAAAACAAAACGACUCUGCACGUGCAUUACAAUUUAGGUUCAUUUCGUUGACGUCAUUGCAAGAUUACAGGUCGGUUUACCUGUUACAAUUUGUCGGCCCGAUGUGCGUCUUGCGACUGAUUUGUAAAGAAAAGCAUUUAUGGUGGGCACAAAACUCGGCCCGACUUUAAUUUGUAGCUAGUAUCGGCCCUAUGGUAGACCUGUCGGUAUUUAUCUUUGCGUUUCCUUCAAUUAGAAAGAUCGUCCAAUAAAUCGUAUCGUUAGUAAAUUGGCUUUUAAUUUAGGCCGACAGAUGGCGCCGGAAAUUCGUGUCGUGUAAACUGGCCUUGCGACGUAAAGUGUUCAAAUGAGGAGUGGUUUCUGAGGAGAACACACGAGGACAAAUUUUCCCUUUCCUUUUUGAACUUAAAUGGGCUCCUUUUGACUUCAUUUCCAGUAAAUUUUGACUGAAUAUGAUUUCGAUAAAUUUGGAGAGAAAGCGAAUUCACGUAGUGUUAUAAAAUACGUUUUUACGUGCCGUCGCCUCAGUCGAUGUUUUUAAGUUCCCUAUUAGAAGUUACAGGUUCAUACAGACAAUAGCUAGGCCAUUUCUGAGUUUCUUCGGGCCUAAAUCAAAACGAGGUUAAGUGCUCCGCCUUUGAUAUGUAAAUGGUUUUUCAUUCUAAUAAAAAAAACUCGUUUUCACAGGAAAGGUUGUGCUCUUGGCCUCAUUUUGAAAAUGAGGGUCUUUGGUACUCGGAAGUGGCCUAUUGCGGAUAAAAGUUUUAGUGACAAUGGUCAUUUUUCCUUUGUAUGCAGAAUCUUCUUCACGAUACUUUGGUAAACAUCAGAAGCAAGAUUUUAGGUGAGUAAAGAACUGGCCUAGAAUUCGCUAUCUAAUAAGCUGGAGUCCAAAUGGUAGUAAAUGUAAAAUAUUUCCAGAUUAGAUACAAAAGGACAGACUUUUUUUGGUCCUAAAACUUUCAUUGCGCCUAAAACUUUCAGUAUUUGAAGUGCGUAAUUAUUGCGCCUUACCGCCCCACCCCAGCACCCACCUCCAAGAAAAAAAACCGCUCUUAUCUAGUCAUUUUUAAAAAUUCGUAAAGAUAUGUCUUAUAUUAUUCCGUUAAUUGUCGUUGUUUGCAAUCGCGCUGGCUGGGAUGAGGACUAGACGGAUUUUAAGUACGAAGACAGACUACACACCGUCUAGAUUUAUUCUCUUGAUUUAUUAAUUUUUAUCAUUAUUUUUUUUAUUCCUACAGGCACGGUUUUUGAUUUGCUGUGUGAGAAACCUGAGCAAGAGCAAGUGAGUUAUCAAGUUAAAGAAACCUUUUUGCAUGUGAAACGUGGUCUGAUACUCAGAAAACCGUGAACAUCAGAAAGAUUUAGGGAUUUUUUUUGUUUGCAAUUAAAACGACAAUCAGGCGUGAAGAAACGUAGCCUGUGUACAGCCGCCCCUCCCCUCAAGGAAGGGGGAGGGGCGGUUGUACACAGGCUAGAGGAAACGAGGGGAGGGAAAAUUAUUAAAGUGAAGGGAACAAAAUCCGUGCUUAAAAAGGUGCGUGCAGUCGGUUAUUGUGGUCUUUUUAGUUGUCCUUGUAUUCAUCCUGGUCAUCGUGGUCAUUUGGUGGUUGUGGUGACUGUGGUCAUUGUUGACGUUGUGGUCAUUUACCAUUUUCACAUAGACCAUAAUGCACCUUGUUUAUCCCCCCCCCAAAAAAAAAAAGAUGCAUGACCAUUGUCUUCGAUUUCUCUUAGGACGACCGUAAUACCCUGGAGAAAUUGGAAGCAAUGGUUAUCCAAAAUUUUGGGGGGCAAAUUUAUGGUUGUUAUAGUCAGUUUUAUCUUCGUGAUCAUCGUGGCUGUCGUGGUCAUUGUGGUCGUGUUGGUUAAUUAUUGUGUGUUGCCCUGGUCGUCAUUGUGGUCGUUGUCUUUACGGUCGUUGGAGUAAAACUUUAGGCAUAUCUUAUUUUGAAAGCUGUGAGCAUUGAAAAGCUUAAGGUAGGACAAGAGAAUUAGUACCCGUAGACGGCUUGAUGGAAGAUGGCCAACAGAAAACCCAAACGGGCCAUUGAAACCCCGUCUGUCUCCACACCCCUUUUUCUCCUCUUCAUACCAUGUCUGCACCCUGCCAUAACUGCCAUGAUGUUGGUAUUGUCAUUGUGGGCAUACUUUUUUUUCACUACUACCUCCUGAACUAACAAACUCUGAGGAGAUGCUUUAGAUCAAAGCAUUUUACAGAUUGCUGAAUGAAAUUUCGAGUUUUUGUCUUAUUUUGACCUUGGCCGUUUCUAGGAGUGAAAUUCAUGGGUUAAUUUUCUGUAUACUUUACAUGUAGGUCCUGUUGAGUCUUCUUAUAAACAAAAUCGGUGACCCUGACCGAAAAGUCGCAUCAAAAGCUGUUUAUCUCACAAGAACCUUAGGUAAGGAGCAGUUUUCAAAACAAAAAACUAUCUUUGGUAGGUAAUAAGUCAAUAAUCGUUUAAAACUAGUAGAAAUCAAAGAUUGAUGAAGUGCGGGUUUGCAUUCGUUUGUGAUAUAACGUGGUUUUGAGUCAAAGGAGAACUAGUGUGAUAUUUUACAGUUUCUGAGUGAAAACGAUGCAAUUUUUGCUUGCAUGAAAACGGGGUAAAUUUGCGUCGCCAUAGACUAUUCUUGAUUUAUUUUACCCCCAGAACUAAGUAAGGAAGCGGCCUGUUGACCUCGGAAACUGUUUAUCUUUGUAUAAGAGUUCUUCCUUCAAUGUCUCUUCGAGCACGAUUAAGGUUAUAUUUACACCAGUCCGUGGAAGUUUGAAAAUACAUAUAACCGCUUCCGUUCACAGUUUCCGUUCACACUUAAACGAUGUAAACAAUCAUGAGGCAGUUUAAGUAACGACGUUUUUGAGCGACACACGUCAACCAGUAGUAAGUCUUCAUCCCUCUUGAUAUGCCUUGAUGUUACCAGAUUUGUAUUGCUAAGUGUCUUUACUCUGAUAGAGACCAGAGACGAUCUGCUAGUAACUUUAUUCAAAAUCACGACCCAAGAUUGCAAAAAGUCCACUUCCAGUUGACGCGCGUCGCUUAAAAACGUCGUUGCUUAAAGGGGCUGUGUCACGAAAUUCAGCCAAGUUAGGGAAAUUAAAAAAUGCCCGUUAAAUUAAGAGAAACAUAAAAAUAACCGCUUAAAACUUUAAAGGAAGGUUAAAAUAACAUAACAGAAACAACAGAUGCCACGGAUGGGCAAAACUGAAGAAGAUUGAAACGGAUUGAAAUUAGGAUUUUUGAAAACUGUUCAGCCUAACAGUUUUUCAAAGUUGAUCCCUGUUGCUUGCAGCUUCAAAAAUAUUUGUUUGGGGACAUAUUUGUUAGUUUCGGAUCUCUGAUUUUGUCAUUUACAUGUAAUUUCUUUGCUUACGUUAAGUUCCAUAGCGAUUGAGCGCGAGUAAUUCGCAAAAUUAAACAAAAUGAACUUGAUUGCCGUGACACAGCCCCUUUAAACUCCCUAUCGUAAACGGUCUCUAAAGUGGAGCCGGCGCUUCAUAAACUGAUGAUAUUGUUCUCAUCGUGUGGACAGCUGUAGCUGUUCCUGUUCAAAAUUGUAUGCGUUUACACAGUCUUAGAUUGAAGCUCUUCCAAACCCUUAGCUGAACAGAAACUAAGUGUGAUCGUUUGGUUUUUAGUCACUAAGCAUCCUAACAUGAAAGUGGUUAUCACGAAAGAGAUUGAGAAACUGCUGUACAGACCCAACAUCUCCAUCAAGGCCCAGUAAGUAUUCUGGACUCAUCUCCUUCAAAUCCAGGGGAGUAUAGUGAGCUGUAUCUUUAUCAAACCGCAGGGAAUUUAGUUAGCUGUAUUUGCAUCAAAUCCUAGGGAUUAAAGCUAGUUGUAUCUGCAUUAAAUCCCAGUAAGUAUACUUAACUCUAUUUCCAUCAAAUCCCAGGGAGUUUUGUGAGCUGUUUAUGCAUCAAAUCCUAGGGAGUAUAGUUAGCUUUAUCUGCACCAAAUCCCAGGAAUUAUAGUGAGCUGUGUAUCCAUCAAAUCCCAGGUAGCGUAGUGAACUGUAUCUCCAUCAAAGACCAGUAUAAGAAUAUUGAAGAGGAAUUGAAUUGCUUGGAAUACUUGUCGUAAGUACAGAAAGGUAGAGAUCAUGCACAAUCAAGGAGUGAAAAAAAAAAAGAGAAGAGGAAGGAAAUGCCAAAGGUGAAACUCGUUUUUAAAUAGAAAAGAUUAAAAAUCAUCCUGUCACGGGCAAAGGACAAAGAAGUCCCUGACAGAAUAUCAAACCUAUGAUCUUCCAAACACUGGGUGGGUUGUCUAUACAUUGAACUAAGGAGAGACUUGUGGAGAGCUAUGCAGUUUACUAGGUACAUAUGUGGCACGUAUGCUUCCUGCAUACUGCUGGGAUCAGCAAUGUCGACAGCCAGGCUGUUAUAUGGUGAUAAAUAAGAAGGAUUGCAUUUUUUCUUUGUUUCUUCCUGCUUACGUUACCAUUGCUUUUCAAGAAAUGUUUGAAUUUUGUUGCAGAUACUUUGCUGUGUGUUUUCUUAAUCAGCUGAUCCUUACCAAACGCGAUCGUGAACUUGCCACCAGACUUAUUUCCAUUUAUUUUUCAUUCUUUGGGGUAGGUUCUCUUUAACUUUGCUUUGUGUGUAAUUUUUUUCCCUACUGUUUUAGGAUCUCUUCUUAAGAGCGGUUAAAGGUUUUUCUUUGUUGUUUGAACACGUAACUAAUUGGUCUCACGUUUUUUUUUUAAGGCGUUCUUAAAGAAAGGAGAGAUGGAAGCAAAGAUGUUGAGUGCUCUUCUCACAGGAGUCAACAGAGCUUUCCCAUAUGCCCAAGGUAUUGUAACGUUUUUUUUUUUAUUUUAAUUUUGUAACGUAAACAUUUUUGAGCCAAUGUAACAGGCCCUGUCUCAUCCCCAGUCCUCCGUGUUCGCUCCCGGGACUCGCGCGGUGUCAUGAGAACGAUGCACUGCUGCCCAGCCUUCCCAUGUUCACUGCGCCCACUUUUUCCCGCGUUGUAGUAUCGCCAAUGGACAAGCCGGUGACAAGCUUGUAACAAUAAGGGUGCAUGCACAUAUGCACAACUAAUGGAAAUAAAUCAGGUUUUUUUUUCGCGUUUUUAGAAGAGGAUGAGAAAUACAACGAUCAAAUCAACACACUUUUCCGAACUGUGCACAUUGGUACCUUUAACACAAGCGUUCAGGUUUGUUGAAGCCGAGUUAGUAAACACAUUUCCUAUUCUCAAUUCUGAUUUCCUCAGUCUAAUAUCCCAGUAGGAAUCUCUAGUCCGGUAGUUUAUCCUCUUUUUAGUGAUUUGUUUCUUUCCUGUGUCUUUCAGGCCCUAAUGCUGCUGUUUCAAGUAAUGGAAUCAAGGUAUUGUAUGAUGUCUCUAAUAAUUAAGACAAUCAAUCGUUAGUCAAAUAAUAGUCGCUCCAAAGUUGUCUCGGAAACUUAAUAUUGCUUUUUUCCUUUUCAGGCAGUCUGUGUCAGAUCGUUUUUAUCAGGCACUUUACUCGAAGCUCCUGGACCCGAGCUUAAAAGCCUCUUCAAAGCAGGUGAGUUGCGAUUGGCUGAAUUCCAACCUGCUUUCGAGGCUCAUUUACGUAGAAAAUCAACUGCAGAAGAUAGGAUUUUUGAAGGUGUUGUGUCACCCAAUUUCAAAAAUAUUUUGGUAGAGCCAAUAGAGACCUUUAGUUUCGAAGACGAGGACAGCUUAGUCGUGCGCGCGUUAGCGUGCGUAGAAAGCGUUUCCGUUUGGUUUCGGAGCAAACAAGGAGGGACGAGAAUCAGCAAAGACCGCGCGAAAAAUGGCGUUUCAUUUUUUGGCUCUCGUUUCAUUUCUCGCGCUGUCAAACCCGAAAAUGCCCUUCAACAGUCUUUCUUUGCUCCGAAACCAAACAGAAACGCUUGCUAUGCAGACUCUGCACGCGCGUGAACCAGCGUCAUUUUGGCGGGAAAACGUGGUAGCUGUCGUCGUUUUAUUACGAGGUUUAGCGCGAAUGUGGUAGUGAUGGAAACAAGUUAUUAAAUUUUAGAAGUUUUAUCGUUUUGCGAUCGGGAAAAGGCUUAACGUCCGUCAAUGAAAAUAACCGUGCUAACCUUUCUGGCGAAAAAUGAUUCAUUUAAGCUUCCCGGGGGUGUAUUUAAGUGAUCUAUCUUUUGUUUUUAUUUGUCUUGUUAACUUUCGGCAUCGUUUUGUUGUCGGCGUCGGAGUUUCGUUAGGGUCCUAUUCACGUACGGUAUCGGAUGACACGCUGCCCGAGCACUUGUGUUCGAUUACCGGCACAGAAUAGUGUUGUGGUCACACGAGUUAUAUUGAACUGUGUACACAUUCACAGCAAUUGUUGGUUGUGCAAAGAACUAAAUUGUGGUUUAAGUUUCUCGGAACAAGCGGAAAACAGCGCACACAGCAAUUCAUUUCCCAACUUUGGCGCCGGAUCUUUUAAGUCCCGACCUCGUCAUCAGACACCAACACCUUGCUUAAAUUUUGGCUUGGGUACUAGAAAAACUAAGUUGUGUUCACAUAUAACUAUUCAGCGAGAACCGAACUUGCGUACCUCUUUAGGGUACAAAGUGUGAACACAGCCUAAUGGAUAAAUUCUAUUCAGCCGUUUCCUCUUUUUUUGCUUUUAAGUAAGCGAUAAAAUACAUUUUCUACUGUACGUAUUUAUAACUUUCACCACGUCUCUUUUCUAGGCUGUAUUCCUUAAUAUUUUGUACAAGUCUUUAAAAGCGGACCCAUCAUUACAACGUGUGAAGGUAGGAAAUCAUCUUAUUGCAUGUAUUUUCAUAGGAGAAUUUGUGACCAUGAGGUUAGACUAUAGGUUGUCUUAACAUGAAGUAACUGCCCACAUCGUCAACAGAAGAAAAGACCCAUUCCUUGAUUUAUUGUUGGAGACACUUUUGACGAGAGCCACAAUCUUUCAUUUCAUUUAGCCAGAGCAUAAUCCUUUGUGGUUUGUUACAACAAAACUGUCACUAGCCGAGUUUUUUUCCUACGAGUGGCGAAUUUUAUUCUUCUGCCUCUAACUCUAAGGUUUUUAACCUUGAGAAAAUAACUAAAUCCAGCGUUUUCUAGCCUGCGAGCAGGCUUAUUUGUGUGAAUUCGGGGAAGAUUUUGACGGCGGAGCUGCUGAAAGCUCCCAAAAUUUUCCCCGAAUUCGAAUAAGUAUGAUGCCUGCUCGCAGGCUAAGUGUUUUUAACAUCAUGAAACUACUGCAUUAGAACUUGCUACAAUUGAGCUCUUUACUCCAUUGACCCCGUGUGCAGUUUUCGUUACUUACACGCCUUAAUUGUAGCGUUAUAGUCGUGGAAAUAUACUGUUUUUCAGGCAUUUGUCAAGCGGAUAUUGCAAAUUUGUAGUUUUCAGCAACCAUCUUUCAUCUGUGGGACGCUGUUUAUGAUUUCUGAGGUAAAUAUUUUGUUAGUUGUUGUUGUUUUGUUUUUUUUUGCGUGGCUUACUUAUCAACUAUUAGUGACACACAAUUUUUUUAAGUCGGUCUCGAUUGGACCAGACUAAGGUGAGGGAAAAUGGAGAGGAAUAACAAAACAAUGCGCAUGCGCGUAGCGUGAAAGGAUAAACCUAUAAAACCGACCCCGCAGUUUAAGAUGAAUGGAACUCGUUGAAUGGGUGUCGUCUUGAAAUAAACUGAUAAACGUUCCCAAAAACAAAACAAUAACAAAGAAACUAACAAACAUCUCAGUUUCGAUACUUCUGUUUGACUGUCUACUUAACUCCUAAGUGGAGCUUCCACUUAAGAACGCAAGCUGUGCUAUGCUACAGUUAAGUUACUGCGGCUUCAAAAGUUAACGUGGUGUUCAAUCUCAGUAAUGAACUAAAACUAGCGAAAACGUAAUGUUUAUCCCCUCACAUGAGUCAGUUUCAUUGACGGGAAGUGUCCAAGUCCUUAAUGUACUGAAACGCUCGAGUGAUUUUGUCGCCAGCGAAACUGACCCCUUUUUAAGUAUUAAGAGGGCUGGAUUCUGUAGAAAAAUGGCGAGAGAUUUAACGCAGUGGUUCGAUGUGUGAAGAAGCGUUGCGUGGCGACACAAACAACGGCUGCACCGAAGACAAUACGAAAUCGGAAUGGUUGUAAACAUUUUUACUCAUUUCAAUAACUGAAGUGCGCAACGGAUUUAGAAUAAAGAGGAAGUUUAUAAGAAAUGCGAUAAAUCGUUAAAAUGAAAGACUUUUUUUUUUUCAGUAAAACCGUUACUGAUAUUUGUCUUGUUUUUAGCUCACGAAACUUAAGCCUGGACUAAAGGGCCUUACCCAGCAACCUGAGGUUAGUGAAUUAACUUACAUUGGUAAGAUCAUUAUUAAACAAUAGUCGAAUUGUAUCAAACCUCAAUUAAGCUACCACCUGAUGCAAUGGUCUCAGUGAUCUUUUUGUUCGUUGCAUGUACUACGCUACUCAGAGUACGAGAAGAACUUGAAGAAACAAGACGGGUGUACAUAUUUUGUAACCUAAAAAAUUGCAUGCAAUGUAUUCUGUCUGAAAAGUAGACUUGUCCGAACCUCAGACCUCUCGCAGUUCGACUCUUCGCGUUUUGCUGAUCGCUUACGGGAAGUUCGACUGUACAUAUUUUUGGACACGCAUCUGGAAUCCUCGCAGUUUUUGCAGCGGCCAAUGACAUCAUCGCCAACUUGGCAAAGACGACAGAGCCUGUGAUCGAGAUCGAUCGAAGGUGUUCUUCAAAUUUCAUUUUUGUUGUUUGGAACGUUUGAUAUGAUGCUAGGGAGACAUAUUUUUUUAAACACAAAGUUGUGAUUUUGUCAUUCAGAUGUAAUUCCUCAACUGAGUUCCAGAGCGAAGAAGCACGUACAAUUGGCAUUAUUAACAAAAUAAACGAGGCAACUGUAACAAAACCCCUUUAAUAAAACCGCUUAGACUCGAGCAGGAAGACGACUACCAGGACGAGAGUUGAUUUGAUUUUUUUUUUCGGGUUUCUCGAAUAGCCCGAAUAGCCUUUUUGACCCUUGUUUUUUCUUUUCACCGAAAAAAUUAACAGGCAGUUUAUAUUUAUUGAAGGAGGUUAAACCCUCUCCCGCUCGCAAAAUGAUAUAACUUCUAAAAUAUGAUCACUUGUUUUCAUCACUACGACAUCUUCACUAAAACCGGAAGUGUUAUAUGCUUCUGCUAAAACCCGUAGUAGAGUGACUACGCCUAUCACGUUUUCCCGCCCAAAUGACCCCGGUUCAUGCGCGCGUACUACUUUGUAUUGAGAAAAUCUCGUACUCGUACAUUUUUUCGCAUUUAUCUGCCUCAAUUGACUUUAUUACCUAUACCAUGUGAUGAAGCGUUUCUUUUUUAUUGUCACGCUUUUUUGCUUAAAACAAUCUAUUGUUUUUAUCUUAAGCUUUCAGUUGUUAAAACUGAAAUGCAUGCAACGUUUGUAUUCGUCUUUCAUUAUUUUUGUAUUCAUUUGUUGGAGAAUUUUUCGUCGAUUUACGGAAUGAACCUGUUACCACUAUAUAUAAACACUUCACUAAAAAUAUAAUUUUCAUAUUUCCUGUAACAUCAACCGAGUGCAAUCUUUCUUCUUUAAAUAUGAAAGGUUGAAAGGUAACUAAUAUUCACAUUUACCUUUCGCCUUUUUUGUUUGUAUACACAGAGAAGCUUUUUGUAGCCAUUUAUUAUAGAAGUGUCUCUGUUCCUAUAAAAACAGUGUAAAACCUUGAUGUUAUCAAGUUUUAGUUUGUUAAUUAAUACUCUUAAAUCUAUUUUGCGUUGGGUCUCUUUCAUUUUCAAAAAUAACUCUAUGAGCUUAAGCGUGUUUAAGACCGUUUUAGACAGACAGUUCGCCAUGGAUCAAUCAGAUUGGCCGUCUCGGUUGGAAGGCCGCCGAUAUGCCUUUCCUGCCAAAGUUGUUCUAUAAAUUAACAAAAUUCCUUGCACCCAGUGUUCUGGCUCUAAGUUUUACGUGAGCAGCUUAUCUAAGUUGAAUUUUCAGUGGAGGUGGUGGCCAUUCGUUGUGAAAAGCUUAUUGCGGGAUGAAUUUGUCAUGUCUUCUUCUUGUUGUUUUUGAGAUCCACUUGGUGCUUCUGUGACGUAACUUUAUCUUUAAAGUGGCUGUCCUUGCCAUAUAAAAAGGUCUUCCUUUAGCCUGGGUUAUUACAGUACCUAUCUGUGUGACAAUGCUUCUUCACAUUACAGUGUUACUAACAGUUGUCGCUAUGUGGCUGCGAGUGCAGCGGGUGAACUACGUAAGCGCAGAAAAAGCGUUUAAGCACGGAGAUAUUAUGCUUGGAGCACUAAACGUGUUGCACUCCAAAGACUUCAAUAGUGACGAGUGCGGCGAUCUUUUUCCUGUCGGCGUGGGCCACACGGAAGCCAUGAUAUUCACAAUCGACCAAAUAAACAAAGACCCGACCAUCCUUCCUAACAUUACCCUGGGGUACGACAUUCGAGACUACUGCGAGACCAUCUCCAUUGCAGUGAAAGAGACCUACGAAUUUGUGAGAGAUAGAGAUCUUAAUCGCAUAUGGAAAAACACCUCGGGCUUCGACAGUUUAAACGAAACAUCUUCUUGCCGUAACAGCUUUAUCAAGAGUUUUGGGAGCGAUUUUUCUUCUUCUGUCAGCGUCGUUAUAGGACCGUACGACUCCGCCAGCGCCGUUCAAAUUGGGAGCUUGUUAAACUUCGCUAAUGUUCCCAUUUUAAGCUUCGCUGCUACAAGCGACGAAUUAAGCUCAAAUCAGUAUCGAUACUUCAUGAGGACAGUUCCCCCUGAUAAUCAGCAAGCUCGAGUGCAAGCAGAUCUCUUUGAGCAUUUUAACUGGACCUAUGUUGGCACAGUGGCACUCGAUGACUCCUACGGUCGGUUUGGAGUCUCUGCGCUGGAGAAUGAGUCUUUUAGACGAAAAACGUUUUGCAUCGCCUUUUCAGAGUUUAUUCCAAGACUCCGCGCGGCUGAGAGGAUUCCAAGAAUAGUCUCUCGGAUCAAGAAGAGAAUCGAAGUCCAAGUUAUUGUCGUGUGGGUGUUUGGUGGCUACGCAAAGCAGUUUUUCCAGGAAGUUUCGCACCAAUCUGUAGGACGCAGGACCUGGAUUCUUGGUGAUGCGACCACAGCACAAGAAAGCGUAGCGUUAGGCGAUUUUUAUAGUCUCCUGGACGGGGCCCUUGGCGUUCAGCCUCAAGAAUACAGAGACAAAACGUUUUUCAAUCACCUCACCUCUUUAACUCCGAAUAGCACGCGUUUAAGCGGAAAUCCGUGGUGGAAAGACUUCUGGAAGAAAAUUCGGAAUUGUUCCGUUGACAUUGCCAAUGAAAGAAACCUGAAUUGUGUAAACGUGCCACUGUCGAGCCAAGAAGCUGAGAAGCUGUUUGAUCCUUACCUUGUGUAUCUCACAGAUGCUUUGUUUGUAGUCGCCCACUCACUGGACAAGAUGUACAAGUGCGUUGACAAAAAAGGCCUGCUUCCCGGGGGAGCAUGUCCUCAGACAGAACCGUCCGUGAAAGGAAGUGAUCUUUUAUCAUACUUGAGAAAUGUCAGUUUUCAAGGGAAAACUGGUAUAGUUGAGUUUAACGAGAAUGGUGAUCCCCAGCAUUCGUCCUUCCAAAUUUUGAACGUGCAGAUCGGCAAAGGAUUUCAAGGUAAAGUUAUGGUGGGAACGUGGAACAGCCAAGAGAAGCGAAAUUUGCAGUUAAACGCUUCCAAGAUUAAAUGGGCUCGCAAGUCACCAUAUUUCGAUGUUCCAGUCUCGGUUUGCAGUCGGAGGUGUUCCCCCGGAACUCGCAAAGAAGUGACUACUUCGUGUUGCUGGAAAUGCAUCAAGUGCCCGGGGGGGACAGUCAGCGAGGAACCUGGGUCGACUAAUUGUACACAGUGCCCUGAAAAACAAAAAUCUAAUGAUGCCAAGACGAAAUGCGUUCUUUUACCGGUGAAAAACCUCCAGUUAAAAGAUGGAGCAGGUGUUUUUCUUGCUUUUGUGACAGCGGCAGGGAUUUGCGUUACCAUGGUGACGUUACUUGUGUUUAUAAAGUAUCGCGAGACUGCUAUUGUGAAAGCGUCAAACAGGCAGCUGAGUUUUGCCCUUCUUGUGGCUAUCUUCUGCAACUUAACGUUAGCUCUGCUAAGUAUUGCCGAGCCCACAGAUAUCAUCUGUCGCGUGAUACAGUUUUCCCGCUUCACUAUCUACACCACUUCUGUGUCGAUUCUCUGGCUGAAAUCUGUUCGAAUUUUCGUGCUAUUCCAGGUAGAUUCCUCUGAUAUGCCUCUGCAAGGCUACAUUUCCAAAGUCAAAUACCAAGUCGGCCUAGUCGCGAUUGUUAACAGCGUCGACCUGGUGUUGUUGACUGCCUGGUUCGCUACUGAUCCGCCGCUCAGAAGUGAAAAACUUCAACCUACAUUGUACAUCUUCUACACCUGCGAUCACUACAAAAAGUCAGCGGGACAAGUCCUGUAUUUCAUGCUUUGCUCCUACGUGCUGUUACUCUCACUGCUCUCAUUGUUUUACGCUUUCAAAGUCCGAAAGCUCCCUGACAACUUCAACGAGGCGCGUUUUAUAGGCUUCUCGUUGUACAUUAUCCUACUAUCUGCGAUUUGUUACUACACAGUGGAGUUCUCUGUCCAGCAUGGCUGGUAUGUUUCUGUUAUUGCCUGCACGACCACACUGGUAGAUUCUUUUGGUCUCUUGGGUUGUAUGUUUGGGCCAAAAGUUUUCAACAUCUUGUUUCACCCAGAGAGAAACUCAAAAGAGGCGAUGAGUUCACAGGUGGCAGCGUACGUCUGGCAGAACUCCCAGCUCAAAAACUUUUCCAUCCGUACCAAGCAAGCAACUACUAGUAGUAGCACGAAUUAUUCCAACACUGCCAGCGACUGAGAGGCUAAUUCAAAAAGUUGUGACAAGACUAAUUCAAAAAGUGGGAACUGUCACCACACUACGUGAAACAUAAAAACAAUCGCUUAAAAAGAAAAUGUACAGGAAGGUAUGAAUAACUACUCGGCAAAUACCCAGGUGAACAAAAGAUUAAAACCUCGAAUUGCAGUCGUGGUUUUUGAUAACUUUUUAACUUAAGAGUUUUGCACAGUUCUUUUUGUCUUUCUAACAUUUUUGAUAGAAUGCUUGGAAGAUAUAUACUUGUGUGAUCUGAAGCUGUAAUUUUGUCGUUGACAAGUAGUUUCCUCACUAACGUUAAGAUUUAUAGCGAUUAAGGGCUUUUAUGGAUAUAAAUAUCAGCAAAAUCAACUAGACAGCCGUGAUAUAGCCCCUUUAAGGCUAUGUUCACAUUACUAUACCGCAUGGCUCUUGCUCCGGCAGGAGAACCAUACCGGAUAGUGCUCCUGUUCACACGUCAGAACGGUGAUUUUGGCGCGAUUUAUGUAACGGAGGGAGCUUCGCCGCGCCGCUCUGGAAAGUUGAGCGUCACAUAUCGGAUACGUUCUGUGCCACACUUUGGUGCAGUGUGAACAGGUAUUCGGACCGUAGCUUAUGUGAAUAGGUAGGAGCGUGGCAUGGAACCCGCUGAGAUGGUGGUGAACAUUCAGGGGUGAGGACUGGUAUUUAGUGCACCAGUCCCUCUCGGCCAACCGCUCCAGCUUAAUGCGUGAUCUGAGUGAACGACUGGUUCUUGUACCCGGCCAUUGCUCUGUUCACACUAGAUCAAAUAGCUCGACACGAAAAGCUCUCUUGUAGCCUAUCUGGUAUAGUGUAAACAUAGCCUAAGAAUCAGCGAUUUGACGUAAAUAUACCCCAGAGAGACUUAUUUGGCUUGCAAUUGAGUGAGUCUUUGUUGCACAGGAAGAGUAGCGUACAUAAAACUGUAAGAAGUUCGGUAGUGUAUGUAAAAUAUAUAUAUACUUCUGAUCUUGGUGACAAAGUACGCCCUAUACUUCAGGUGCCUUGAAACUGUCAUAGAAUAGCAAUUGUGAAUACAAGUUGUUAUGGAUUCUUGAUACGCAUACGUCAGUUUCCUUGAACUUGCCUUACAGUAAGACUAUUGAAAGAAAAUAUGUCAAGAGAUGACGUAUUUUUUUCUGUUGUUUUAUUUAAACUUAGCAGUUGUCGAUAAAAAAUAUUACAGAUUUGUGGGAUAGUUACUGAACUAUAAUAGCAUAUAAGGCUGUUGUAAAUUGGUCCAGAAAGUACUUUAGAGGACAAUAAAUAAAUCUAUUGGCUUAAUCAACAUAGAGAAUGCUGUCUCAAUAUAGUCGCAAAGUUAUACCCCUGCCCAGCCACCGUUCCCACUCACUAAGAUCAGUUUAAGUCCAGUGCACUAAUUUAAUUUUUCCUUAGUGUCCUUUGUGACGUUUUUUUGACAACCUCUCCCUAAUGUUAUAAUGUGGUUUCAUCCAUUCUUGUUAUCUUUGUCUUACAUUGGUAAUCUUGUGAUUAGCUUGACAUUCUCGCCAAUCAGAAGAGUCAUAAGCAGUCAGGACUCUUUUAUUCCGUACGUUUAUUGGUGAUGUGACACAAUUCUGCCGGUGCUCAGUAUAAUUGCAUGGAGUUGUGAUUGGUUGAUGGGAUUUCAAUUGAGCUGAGUGGUGAAAUCCACACCAAAAUGCUGCUGCUGGUCGACGUAUUUAAAGCCAGAGACAGCUGUUGCGAGUUUCACAAUUUGUCGGGUGAAAUAUUUUCACGAUCUUCGUUGCAAGCUUCGGAAUACGUUGAUAUGAACGCGCCUCGAAAUCACGAAUUUUGUUGCUUUGUAGGAGGAUGAUGAUGAAGAGCAUUUUGUUGACAUUCAUUCGGACGAGGAAAGAGAUGCAGAGGAAAACAAUAACACAUCUGACAAUGAGUCUUUAUCUGAAACAGUGAACAAAAACAAGGGGCCUUAUCACGCACCCAAGGACCCGCACGCUAUAAAAUGCAGUGGGGCUAACACAGCGCAACCGUAUAAUCCCAAUCAUAGAAAUCCCUUGUACAGCGGAGCGGAAAGCUCUUGCUCAUGGGAACUAAAUAGACUGUCGAGGCAUUACCAUCCUACGGUGUGUCUUUUUGCUUCAACUCUUAUGAAGGUAAGCUUUGUACAUGAGCUGUAGCAAAAGCGUUUCUCUUUUUGUCUCAGUUAAAAAGGGGAGGGUGGGGGGCGACUUGUUCCGGUCUAGAUCCAGUCUCCUGCCUUGGGUGUCUCGAUGCUCCCGCGGUGGGGGGAGUACCGCGAGAGUCUCGAGAUACCCAAGGUUGGAGACUGGGCCUAGUCCCAGGACGCACGGGCCUUAACACUUGUCUUCACCGUGGAAGUGUUGUUAUUUUAAAUGACAAAAGACCUCAAGUUGUCAUCCCUAAUGUUUUUGCUGUAAGCCCGGUUUGACGUCGAGAUUUUGGGACGAAUACCCCGUGUAUCUUGUUGACUUGCCAUAGGGUGACUAUCCAACUAAAAGCGGGGCAGUCUAAACCUUCCUGGCCGGGUACUUCGGUAAGCAUGGGGUUUUACGAUUCUCCGCGAUGAUUUUCAGCGAAUUUCAGCGUUGCAACAUUAUUGAGACAUUGUUUGAAAUUGUCUUAACAUAAUACAACAUUGUCAUUGUCGUUGGAAAUAAUUUCCUCGUGCAAAAUGAACUGAAGUCUCUUGCUAGUUUUUGAAGAAACAUGCCGUCUCUAUUGUAAAGUAGUAGCAUUUAUUUUGAUUCUUUUUUUUUCUCAGGGAGGGGACAUUGAGUACAAGGGAGACCCUUUACAAGAUUUCACUCUCAUGAGGUAGAAUGUGUUGUGUGUUGCAAGUAAAGCAUACCAAUGACCUGUCAAUCACAUUAAGAGAGGUCCUUAAUGAAAAAAAAACAAUCCACUGUUUUAAGUUAUUUCUUCCCAGAAGUUGAUUAAUGAUAAAGGACAAUUUCAAAUGUGUAACUCCAUGAAAGGACCUGUUUGCGCGAAACAUAUUUUCAAGGGGAGUUUUGCCAAUGAACGGUCGGUCAAGUGUCGCUGUAUUUUCGGCCACAGACGGCUGAUAUAGAGCGACUAUCGGUUAACUCAGAAAGAGCUUACUGUCUUGCAGUUGAAGUAGAACAUAUUGUAUGGGGCUGGCUGAGCACAGUCUGACUACUGUUGUCCUGUGGUCCACUCCAUCACUUUCUGUGGUCUUCCUGUGAGAACCCUUGCCUUUGCUUCUUGUACUUUUCGUAGUCUUUCUAAUUUUUUUUUUUUUAACAGAUUUCUGGACAGAUUUGUUUAUAAAAAUCCAAAGAAAAAGGACAGAGGUAACUGCUAAUAAUCCUCCACCGUUAUUACGAAAAAAAAGAUUCCUUACUCGGCUUAGGGACUCGCGUUAGUGAACACGGCCGAUAACAAAAAAGAAGAUACUUACAGAGAAAUAUUCUUCAUCACCAACAAUUUCUUGAAAGUAGCACAGAGCAUUCGGAACCCAUCCGGAUACCUUUAUGAGUGACGUUUGCUGUUAUUCACACCCUCGUUUUCAUGAGGCUACAGAGUGGUAGCCCCGAUCACGGUUCAUUGCAGGGUGCUAAGUAUGAAUGUUUAUGACUUCGCGUUUCGUGCGUGAGAGCAGGUGGUUUCCCUGGCCAAUAAUUCUUAUUUUUUCCCGCUCGCGAUAUUUUUCGCACUUACGUUCUCAUCGCAAUUCUCCCUUCCGGUUUAAAUUUAUUUGGCUUACCAGGUUCUUAUAUGUAAAAUGUUUACGCAUUUCAGAUCACGGUGGUUCACUGAUGCAGCCAAAAACAACGUCAAGCAGACUCAGUGAGGAGCCUGGUAAGAGCUAGGGUUUCUCUUAAGAGUGACGUCAAACCAUGACGUAAGCAGGGGAUAACAAGCAAGCGGAUGCACCGGUGCAUCCCACAAUACAUCACAUUGUCGCCAAGGCACCAAUGUCCGCAUUUCUGUCCCUUGUAAGCAUGAUGGAAGAAAGCUCCAAUUAACAGAACAAUAAUAGAACUCUCUAACCUUCUAAAUCCAACUUAUUCGGUUUAUAGAGAGUCAGCGGAGGUUGAGGUAUAUGUGUGUUUUUUUAAAUUCGUAUCCUUUUCUCACGUUACUUCUGAAACCAUCCUGUCGUCAGUUUUUAUUGUUUGUUGCUCUGUGGAAAAGGGGCUUUUGUUAAGUGAGUAAGCCUCCAAAGCUUAAAUUAGAAAUUUUCCGAAGUAAUUCACCAAUUUAUAUUGUCGUCAAGUAUGUUGUGUAUUGUCUUUUGCAGUGAAUACUAAAGCUUUUCUUGUGAAGAAGGAAGAAGAAGUUCGGGAAGAUGAGCUCUUUUUUUACAGGUAUGUUUUAUUAAAUUAAUGUUAUGUGGGUGCUUAAAAAUCUGAUGAAAACAAGUCUGAAUUCUUUUUUAUACAUGUAAGCCCAUUUUCUGGCGUAUAAUUAUCUAUGUCCUGAUGAUAUGCAACAACCAAUCCACCCCGUCUUUAAAGCCCUUUAAUGAGGUUUCAUAAAAAAAUGCACUCUAUUUGAGUGUCAAUGUAUUUUAAUUUACCACGAGAGUAAUUGGGUACAUUGUUUUUACUGGAGACGGAACCGCCAAUUUCCCUAGUCAUUUGAGCCACGCAAAGGUCCAGCUGCUAACAGGGCAAAAGCAGCACUUUCAUUUCUCAGUUAUUUUGAGUAUUGGCCCGUCCCCGGGAAUCGAACUCGCGACCUCCCGCUCUGCAUUCAAGUGCUCUAUGAACUGAGCUAAUCCUGCGGUGGUCAUCAUGCUUUAAAACCAGUCCGUUUCAGACUUGAUACAAUAGUCUCUACUGAGACAUGCAACGAGUUCGUACUUCUUAGUCCAUGGACCUGUAAUGUCAUUGGGGGAUCAAGGGGUCGGGCGCGGAGGUGGGGGGGGGGAGGCCCUGCCCCCACCCCCACCUUAUUUUUAAGCCAAACUGAAGCCCGAGGCCGCCCCCACCACCCCUCUUUACUUCGGCUUUGAAUACGCGGGGCCCCCACUUGAAGAUGUGAAUCCACCACAUUGUUAAAUAAACCUUCUUCAGUAGCAGUUCUCCCAACCAGGGACGGGUAGGAGAAAACCGUGGGAACGAGGUUGCAGUGCUCCACAUUGUCAAAUGUCAUUUAUUUUUUUUAGCGUUUACACACAAAAAAAUUGGAAUUUUGCGUGAAAAAGUCAAGUAGUAAAGAAUGACCACGAUUGGUGUGCCUUCGUGUAUCGUACUUGUGGUUGGUUUCGUGCGGAUAUUUUUCGCCAUUUCAAUGCUUGUUUGACAGUUGACUAAUUUUACACAAAGAAUAAAUGACUUUGUCUCUUCUUGUCAGAUAUUUUAAACAGAAAGCAGAAAAAGAGAAGCAAGGAAAGAAAAAAACAAAAGAUUCCGAUGAUGAAGAGUCUGAAAAUACCACAAAUUUUGGUAAAUGGUAGAAUUUUGUAACAUUUUUCAUUGUAUUUAUUGAGGGAGUUUGCUUUGUCAAUAUUUUUUCUUUUUUCAUUCAGGUAUGUAUCUUGAAUUUAUUAUACUUACUGAUAACAGUCUUUUUUUAUCUCUUUAAGUGUUGAUCACUGGGUUCAUUCAAGUUUCCUAUAACACGACAAGAAAAAAAGCUCAUAUUCCCAUUAGUACUCGCCCUCUACACUAAGCUGACCUGUCUUUACGUCUACUAAACAAAACAGUUACAAUUAAGUACUCUGGGUUCAGUUCCUGGAACGCCUUAGCCUGUGCCAGGAUCUCAGAUAGUAGAGUAGGGGCGUAGCGAAAACAAGGACCUGGAAACGAUGGCGCCAUCUCUCUCCCCAGUCCCCAUGCGUUUUUCGCAUCACUGUUCACAAUUUCUGUACAUCAAGGACUUUAAGAUGGGUCACUACGGUCGCCUGGGACGGUUGGAUAGAUGUCACAUCACGCAAAACACGCGUGACAUUUUACCAUCGUCCUUCUGGGACGGUAUGUUUUCGCCGUCCUCUGUUUUGUUGUCCGAAUCUUAAAUUGAAAAUAUUCGCGCCUUUUUGCCGUUGGCCCCAGGUCGCCCGUACACGCAUUCAACCGUCCCAGCCUACCGUAGUGAACUAUCUUAAAGUCCCUACUACUUGGAGCAUGGAACAGGCUUGAACGGCCGAUUAGUGCCAAUACUACUAUUCAGGAUUGAAACUUCAAUCCGCUGUUGUAUUCACAGUCUUAUAGAUUACUCAGUCGGACUAUCAUUUUGUUGUUGUCAUAACUGUAUCUUACAAGGCAAAGGCUCAACAACAAUUGACUAGUUACAGUCACAUGUCAGUAGACAAGAGAAUAGCCGUUUUUGUCUGGUCACGAACGCUCCUCCCCUUUCUUGGGGAGGAGUGUUACGUGACGAGACAAAAAUGGCCGUGCGGGAGAUCAUAACCAAGAGGACUGUGCUCUGAUGGAUUGAACUUAGGCGUCUUUGGAGGUACCGGUCCUUCCCUUUAAUUUUACUCCGCUAAUUUCCUCGUCAUUUUCUCUACCUCAUCUACACCCAACAGAAAAAUCGCACGCUGAAAAUACGAGGUCCUUAGACGCAAUUUGCCCACCUGCUAACGCAACCAUCCUUUCAAUUUUAACAGAUAACAUUCAAGAGCCCUCCGACGAGGAGUUUGAUUUCGCAAGGUAAGCCUGUGUUAUUAUCAAUUAGUACUGUGCGGUUUUCUCCCCUGUCUCUUUAGUAGGGAUCCUAACCAAACACAAAGGCGCGCGGUGGCCAGGAGAGCGUGUAAACAGCAGUAAGACGAUCAUAAACUGCCGUGACUGCCGCGGAUGAGCCCCUACCCCCCCCCCAGUUAUAUGUCCAUCUACCUAUAACCAAAAAAUAUAUCCGAUUAUAUGCCCGCCCUGUGGAAGCCCCUUGUAGUAUGCAUUGAAAUGAAUAUAAUUUAUUGUGACGUUUUGAAGCUUAAUUAUCCUGUAUACAGACGCCUCUUCCCUUUUUGAGGGGAGGGGGCGUCUGUCCAGAGGCUGAAGCUUAAUCAAAUAUCAGUAAAUGCAGACCAGCGUAGUCAGGGCGUAGUCAGCAUUUCGACUAGUUGUAGGCCUGCACUGUCCUCACCAACACUUCGACGUCUUAAGCUUUUUAGCUUACCUCAACAACAGUAGAGUGAUCAAACCAAAAAUUUGUAGGCCUGGGCCUACAGGUUUAUAGGCUGCCUACGCAGCCCACGUGGUUUUCUCUUUCCUGAUACCGUCUUGGGCAAAAGUAAUCUGAUAUGUUUUAUUUUAUUAUUAUCAUCAUCAUCAUUCUUCUUCUUCUUCUUCUUCUUCUUCUUCUUCUUCUUCUUAUUAUUAUUAUUAUUAUUAUUACUAUUAUUAUUUUUAAUUUUCUCUUUCAGUGAAUUUAAGAGUUCUAAAAAAACUAUGAAAAAUAAAGACAAACUCGCCGAAAGUGACGAGGAAGAUGAAAGUGGUGACGAUGAAGAUAGUGGCAGUGAAGUUGAAAACGCGGAGGAAGAAGAGCAACGUUCGUCGGAAGACGGUAAACUUUGGAAAUCAAAUGUAUACAAGUUCUCAACUUUGUCUUCGUAGUAGACAUUCGUAAUUGAAAAACGCCACAGCACAUUUAUCGAUACAAAGUAUGCGAUAGUACUUCACCAUAGCUUUCAACUUAAUGUUCUGAGUUGAAGAUUUAUCCUUUCGAUUCUUGCCACUGUGGCGUAGAUCGGAAAAAGAUUUAGCCUUCGUUCUCACGGUCCACCGGGAACUCUGAAAGCAAUCUUCAUUUGGAUGGUAAUACUGUGGCAUAGUGUGCACAGGAACGCCAGGUUUGACCCUUUAUCCUUACGGAAUGUGUUCGUUAUUUUCUCGCCUGUAGAGUUUGAUUACGCCGCCAUGGAUUUUUCAUCAUCGGACGAAGAUGAAACAGGUUGGUUGUAUCUGAUUUCGUUGCUUACGAGGUGAAAAUUUUAUAUCCUUGAAGUAAUACUCUAUUUCUUUCGUAGAAGAACAUAACAAACCCAAGAGCAAAAAACGAAAACUGACGGAUAAAGACUAUGAGAAGGUAAGCUCUAAUCUAUGCUAAUUAGCCUUUUGCGAUACCGGUUGCAGCGCUCUACCAACUGAGCUAACUGGAGUAGGCCAUCGAGCUCGUUUGGGAUUUUUGAAAACGUUAUCGCCAGAUAGACCUUUUUGCGUCCAAAAGUUUUUUUCGGCCAAAAACUGUCUCCAAAGUAGCUGUUAUAAAAACUAAGAGUGCAAUCUUACCAUUACUUUUUUCUCCUCUCCUCCUUUCUUCUCCUGGCUCUUUCUUUUUCUCCUUUCCUUUUUUUUCGUUUCUGUGAUUUUGGAGCUUCUCAGGUUUAAGAAACCUCCCUUUUGAGGCGCCUUUUCACUCAAAUGACUGCAAAUUUCGUUAGGUUGGUUUACAAAAAAUCAGUUAGAUAUGAACAUAUGGAUUUCAUACAUAGGAAAUUCUAAAGUUGCAUCUUUUAAAUUCCGAUGAUCUUUUUUCAUUUAAUUCUUCACCCCUCAGUUCCUCUAUAUAUUUGUCAUAUAUUCCAUGUAUCAUCGCCAUCCUUUCAUGGGUUUAUAACGAACCAACUCAAUUACUUGCUUCCAGUUGGCUUGUUAGUUCAAUCUGUAAUUGGUAGAGCACACCUUAUUAAUUUGCUGGUUCCGGGCUAUGGUUUAAUAACAAUGACAAGUGCCUGUGAAAACAUUCGUAACGUGUGCUUGAUUCCAAAAACAAGAUAUAGAUUUAAGUAGCUCUUUUUUUUUGGUGCUUUAUUUUAAAAAAAUUGUGACCCUUAUCCGAUGAAGAGGUCAAUGGGGUUCAAAUCAGACUUCUCAAACUCAUUAAUAAUUCAUAAAAAAAUACAAAGGAAAUUUACGUUUAAUGAGUGUUUGGAAAUCAGAUGAAAAACUGCUAAUUUUUGCAUCCUUGAUUUCUCCUUCUAAAAUCAUUUUGUUUGAGACGUGAUAUCAAGCAUUCGACGCAAUGUUUCAUCACCAGAUGAAAGACUUCGAAGUUCGUCAAAAAUAGUCCGCUGCGAGUCGUAUUUUCAAGUCUCUUCUCAGUGUUUCAUCUGGUCAUAAAACAUUGCGUCUCAUGCUUGAUACAUUACCUCUCUGCUCUUCUGCACAUUAUAUAGCAAUUAACGCUUUUUGUAAUCGAGUAAAGCCUCCCUUUAUAUGAAGAAAACCUGUCCCGGGUAGAUGGUUUACCCUUUCAGCCGAGUCAACUUUAGAAACAAGUUGACCUCUUUGCCCGAGCCAGUAGCGUUCGCGCAUGCUCUGAUUGUUUUGCCUUACCGAUUUGACCCGGCUGUCGGCAGAGCCAUAGUGUUUAUAUGGAGAAAAGCUAGCCAGGCUAGAAGGGUAACCCUACGGUCACAAAAGGGUGAUUUGGCUAGGCAGGUCACCCUUCUAGUCAAACGAACUGUUUAUUUCCUGGGUAAACGGUUCGCCUCAUUUUGUAAGGAAAUAGAUGAACUGUUGGCUCGCCCAGGGUAGCUCGGUAGGCGAGUGACCCUUAUACCCUACACAACUUUUUUGCACAUAAACGGGACCUAAAUAGUGUGAAUGGGAAGGAAUAUGAAUAAUGAAAAUAGGAAGUGUUUAAGUGUAUCUAGGCGUGGUGGUUUGGUAUAAGUCCAUGUUAAAUUAGCUUUGUUUGCUUUAUUGCUUUGCUAUGCAACGCUGCUGAUGAACAUUAGAACAGCAAGAUCUGGGAGAAGUCAGUGAUGUUUAACAUGUUAACUGUUUGUCCUUGUUCUCUAGGCUCUACUCGAAAACCUGAGCUCCGAUGAGUUUUCUGAUGAUGACGACGAAACCCAGAGUUCGAAAAGAAAAUCAAAGAAAAGAGAUACUGAAGGGUAAGUUAGUUCACUGAUCAACUCAAAGGAACUGUGUCACCAAAUUUGUCACAGUUCAGACAGUGGGAACUGCCAGCGAAUGAAGUGAAACUUUAAAAAAUAACCUCUCAAGACGUUAAAAGAAGGUAUGAAUAACACAACAAAUACAAAAGGAAACACGGAUGGACAUACUUAAGAGAGAUUGAAACGGAUUGCAAUUUUGGUUUCUGGAAACUUGUUAGCCUAACAGUUUUUCAAAGUUUGGUUUUGUCGUUUGUAACGUUUGAUGUAGUGCUUGGGAGGCAUAUUUGUUUCACGCAAAGCCGGCUGUGAUUUUGUCAUCCAAAAGUUCUUUUUCAAGUUUCAUAGCGAAUGAGGAAAGAAGAAAUGAAGUAGUCUGCCAUGACACAGCACUUUUAAGGCGCGUUUGAUUGAAUAAAGAGAGCAUAAUAACAGACCAUGUUACAAAUGAGAGCAGACAACAAGAAAUGGGAACUUGCUGACUCAGGAAGUUCACCUACAGUGAUUCGAAAACCCAUUCAAGGUGGUGAGAACAUGAUCAGUUCAGCCUUGUGAUCAGACGGAACACCCGGCUGGCUGAGAGCUUAUGAGAGAGAGGUCAUGGAUCACGACAGGUGCAAAUGACGUUGAAAAUCCCCUUCUCCCCGCACCACAGCUCUCUGUGAGUGCGGGGUGAUUUGGGUAGCCUGAGUACUUGCCUAGUUUAACUAUUAAACACACUGCGUAAACACAUUGCAUAGCCAAACUGUGGCAAAAUUUGCAAAAUUUGUGUUUCGCGUAGCUGAACGGGGAAACGUUGCGGUUACAAAAAUGCUUCCUAAAGGGGUUUUACCACCUCAUUUCUCCUUUCUUUGGCAUGUGCGCUUCUGUGUAACGAGCCUUUUUUGAUUCCCAGUGUUGGCGAAUAUAGCACACAGUGAUACCAUGAUCAAACUUCAUUUCAUUAAAAACGCAGUGCAUCAUCAAAAAGCUUCGCUGGAAGAACAUUUUGCAAGGGACGGCUUGAUUCAUACCGAGACAUAGUUAUAGGACAACCUUUGUUUUGUUUUUCCUUAGGACCGACGUAUCAUCGAUGUUUGCAUCCGCAGAAGAGGUACGGUGUAGCAAUUUAAAUUUUUGCAGCUUUAAUAAUUUGUACUGUCUUAACAAGAAAGACCAAAUCUUCCGCUCGUCGCAAACGAGAGACAAACUGAAGACGUUAAUGAUACAGGAGUAUGAAUUCAGGGUAUGAAAUACAUUAAUUGUAGUUAUCAUAUUUUCAGUUCGCUCAUCUUUUGGAGAACUCGAACGCCUCACGUGGCGGGAAAUUUGACGUCAUGAGAGCGGGCGCCAGCGAUAAGCAGUUGAAAUGGGAGGAGAAAAAGGCGGGAAAGAACUGGAAAAAAGACCGGGGCCGACAGAGAGGUCAGCAGAAAGGUCCUCAACGAAAGGCUAAUUUUAACAAGAGAAAUAAAUUUAAUUCCAACAGAAGAGGUGGAAAGAGACCAAGAUAGUAGAGGAAAAGUUUUUAUAUUCCUGCCUGAAAAGUCGUAUUAACACCUUCCAGCAAUAUCAUGAACUGAUGCAUUUUAUUAUGACAUUUCAAACAGAGGUUAUAAAUAGCGUGAAUCGUAUAACAUA